AUGUGUGGCUGUAUUUUCCCAUCAGCAGGAAGGCCUGAAUUCUCAGGAGACACACAGGACCUUCAAGACUACUUUGAGCAGGUAGUCAGGUACUGUGAGGAAAGGGGAGUCUUUGAAGACAAGGCAACCAUCCAAGUUGCACUUCAGUUUGCACCUCCAAGCUCAUUGAAGCUUUGGUUGCACUUCAUUGAGCCUAGUAAUGGUGAAUGGGAUCAAUUCAUAGGCCUGGUCAUCCAGCAGUACCCUGAGCUUGAGCAGCCAGGAGAUGAUCUUGACCCCCUCAAUGAGCUCCUUGCCAUUCUCAAGAAGGCUCAUACCUUUGAAUUUGAUUUGCUCUCAUCCCUAGGGCAGUACCUUUGA